AUCCAUCCAUCCAUCCAUCCGUUAUCGAUUCCACCUCUGCCAACCGACCAGGACCUUACAUCCAUACUACAACUCGAGAUUCCACAAGAGUUCGGAAUCAUCACCGAACGACAACACCAAAUCGACAACAAUGGAUGGACUUACAGCCGCCGAGAGCCGCGAGCUCGACCAGCGCCUUCAGAAGCGCCAGGUCAAGGAGUUUAUGAGUGUCUUCGGUAACCUCGUAGACAACUGCUUCACCGCCUGCGUCGACGACUUCACCUCCAAGGCCCUUUCCGGCCGCGAGUCCGGCUGCAUCAGCCGCUGCGUGCUCAAGUCCAUGUCCACACAGACGCGCCUGGGCGAGCGCUUUGGCGAGCUCAACGCUGCCAUGACUGCUGAGAUGCAGAGGCGGUAAAAAAAACUAUACACUGUACUACAAGAAGGAAAGGAGAAAGGGGAAGGAAGGAAGGAAGGAAGGAAGGAAGGAAGAGGGGUUGAGGGGAAAAAAAAAAUUGUGUAUAAAUAGGUUCGGUUCGGGAAAUAAAUUGGGUUGACGACG